CCCAGGUCCCCAGUGAUGUCCUGCUCAGACCCAGGCCCCGUGCAGCCUGCCUCCCCACCCCGGGCUGCUGGCCCCGGCCCGAGCUCCUGCGGUUAGAGCCUGGAGGAUACUGGAGCCAUCAUGGCGGAGGAAGCAGAUGUGGACAUUGAAGGGGAUGAGAAUGAGUGCAGCAGGGGAGCUCUUGAAAACCUGAACACAGGAUUUGUUCCAGACCACUACUUGGAUUCAGUGUGGAAAAAUGAUGAGCUUACACCAUGGACAUUGGACAGCACUAUCAGUGAAGAAAACAAGGCUGUUAUUGAGAAAAUGUUGCUUGAAGAAGAAUAUUAUUUAUCAAGCAAACCACUUCCAGCAAAGUUCUGGCAAGAAUCCAAAGAUGGAGAAAAGCGUUGUAUCAAAAGAAGCCCACAGAAGAAAAUGUCAAGAGUAAUGAUCCGCUCCCCAAAUAAACCAGGAACCAGCCCAGUGAAAUGGACUUCAGAAGAGAAGGAGCUCUUUGAACAAGGAGUGGCAGAGUUCGGCAGAAGGUGGACUAAUAUUGCACGGCUCAUCGGAAGUCGUACUGUGUUACAAGUAAAGAGUUAUGCACGACACUAUUUUAAAAAUAAGUGUAAGGUGGAAGAGAGUGAGAAAGUGGUGUCCAAACUUAGCAGUGAAAGUCUUCCAGUUUUCCAUCUAGACGAUUCGAACAAAGAAAGUGAGAUCACAUAUGAGCUCCCAGCUUUUCGAGGACGAGCUGAUCCAAACCUUAAUGCUGUUAAAAUUGAAAAGCUAUCAGACGAUGAAGAAAUUGAUAUAACUGAUGAAAUAGAUGAAGUGAUCGGUGAGAAGUCAGAUUCUUGUGACACCGUAAAAUCCGCGGGUCUCUCUAACCAUGAAAGUGAAGAAACGUCUCAUAGUAUCCCACAACAAAUUCUUGCCCUAUCAGAAUCUUCACAAACAGAGGAUUCCAAAAUGGAAGCUAUCGGUGAACAGUUGGACAUAGCAGACCGGGAAUUAUUUAACCCAUCAACAAGCCUCACCAUUAAUGAUACUAGUGCAUGCACAUACUUCUCUAAACUGGAGCACUACAGCACCCCAGAGCAUGUGCAGUGUUCCAAAGAUUUUGACUUUGGUGCCCAUGCAAUAAACUCUCCUCCACUGUUUGAAACUGAAGAUGAUGAGGAAGAGCUUAAGUCACCUGACCAGGAGAUGGAGAUAGACAGAAAUUUCAUUAUGGAGGAUGAAAAGCAAGCCAUUCCAGAAUUUUUUGAGGGGCGUCCAGCAAAAACUCCAGAACGGUAUCUUAGAAUCCGCAACUAUAUUUUGGAUCAGUGGGAAAGUUGUAAGCCGAGAUACUUGAAUAAGACAUCAGUCCGUCCUGGCCUCAAGAACUGCGGUGACGUGAAUUGUAUUGGACGCAUUCACAUGUACCUGGAGUUAAUUGGAGCCAUUAAUUUUGGGUGUGAGCAAGCCGUUUAUAACCGACCUCGGCCAAUCGAUAAGACAAAGUCCAAGGAAGGGAGAGAUACUCUGGAAGCAUAUGAGCUUGCACACAGAUUGCAGUCUAUGCGCACCCGAAGAAGACGCGUCAGGGAUCCGUGGGGAAACUGGUGUGAUGCAAAAGACCUAGAAGGGCAAACAUUUGAGCAUCUGUCUGCAGAAGAACUGGCAAGGAGACGAGAGGAGAAAAUCAAAUCUUCAAAAUCUUCCAAAGGAUCAAGACUGGUCAAGAGCUCUUUUGACCCUUUUCAAUUAAUCCCUUGCGCAUCUUUUAAUGAAGAGAAACCGGAACCAUUCAGAGUGAAAGUCGCAGCAGAAGUGAUGUUACUAUUAGAUUUGCACGCCCAUGUGUCCAUGGCAGAAGUGAUCGGCUUACUGGGAGGAAGAUAUUCGGAAACAGAAAGUGUUUUAGAAAUCUGGGCAGCUGAACCAUGCAACAGUCUUAGCACUGGACUGCAAUGCGAGAUGGAUCCAGUGUCACAAACGCAGGCAUCAGAGGCCUUAGCAGAACGAGGAUACAGCAUUAUUGGAUGGUACCAUUCACAUCCGGCCUUUGAUCCCAAUCCAUCCAUCCGUGAUAUUGACACACAGACUAAGUAUCAGAGCUAUUUUUCUAGAGGUGGAUCAAAGUUUUUGGGAAUGAUCAUAAGCCCUUACAAUCGCAGCAACCCUCUUCCUCAAUCACAAGUGUCUUGUCUCAUUAUAGGAGAUGAUCUUAGCGCAGAUGGCUCUUACAGAAUCCCCUACAAAUUUGAAGUAGAACACCUGCCAGGAGAACCUCAGUGGGAUCUAGUGUUUGAAAAGACAAGAUGGAUAAUCGAGAAGUACAGAGUAUCCCACAGCAGUAUCCCGAUGAACAAAAGGUUUCGACAAGACUGUGAUCUGACUUGUGUACAGAAGCUAUUGUCCUGUAUGAAAAGAACAUUGGGAAACACAGCCCACCCUGAGGUUACUGAAGAAUUUCUGAAUCGGAUAGAAGAUUUAUUUCAUACCAGCUAUCAAAGUUUUAAGGAUUCAAAAGAAGAAGAGGAGGAGGAGGCUCCGAGAACUUAUGAAAAAAGUAGUGUUGCAACUGUGUCAGAAAGUGAUCAUUUCUUUGAAAACUAGCCCAUGCAAUCUGGCUCCUGUUUAAAGAUUAUUUUGUGCAGCAAAACUCCGUGAUGAAAUCGAGCAAACUUUUACAUCUGGUUUUACUUUUAGACAUAUCGACACAUUGAAAAGAGUAACUGAAGAAGUUGGUCUGAGCAAAAAAAAAAAAUGGAUCUUAAACAUUGAGAAUAACUGUCUUUCCAGCCCCUGUCUGACAAAAUCCCAAAUGAAGUUUGCCAAAAUGUUCCCCAUUGUAUAUAACCAUGCGUUCUCUAAGGUCAUUACAUGGCAGAGACUUAGCACUUGCUCAAUUUCUACUUUCCAGCUCAUUUCCAAGAAAUAUUGUAAUGUUUUCAAAUUAACAGUGUAAAAGCCUGGCCUCGCUUGUUUUGUAAAGCUGAUCUUAUUCUGCCGGUGACCUGUUUGUGUCAUCCUAGUACAGUUGCUGCACAAAGGGUUGGACAUCAGAACUGGCAGUCAUCGAUCUGGUUUUAUAAGUGGCACUCUGCAACUGGUGGGGUUUUUAAAGGGGAUCUGUUUCCAUUCCAAAUGUUUAGCUACUGGAAGUUUAAUUCACAUGAUUGACCCGCCCAUUAAUUGAUUCUAUGGGUAGUUGAUACCAUCCGCACAAGGGAGCCUAGUCCAGGAGUGUCAAACUCAAAACUCCCAAUUGUUGUCCAGCUGUAACUCUCGUAAUUCUCUGCAGCAUCUUCCACAAUUCCAUACCACUUACUUCACUGACUUUUUCGAAGGAGUAAAUGAUUUGGGAACAUUAUAAUCAUACAAAUCAAGGUUAAUAAUCAAAAUAAGUAGGCAUGUUUUAAUUGUAGUCUAAAUGUCAUCUUGAUAGAACUAUGAACAGUCUGGGUUUUAUCGAUCACACCAUAGGAACAGCCUUUUGAACUCUUGGUGUUCCUCAAAGACUGCUUAGAGAAGCAAUAUUCUCAUUUGUGGUCUUUGGAUGACAGUCUCGUAAUAUUAGAAAUGAGGCUCAUCGCCCGAACACAACCAUUAUGCAUUCCUGAGAAUAUAUUUUGCUGUCCUGUAUGAAGUUAGGCAGAUGUAUAUCUUUUGUGUACAGUUUACCUGAUAUAUCGUGUUGACCUUAAUGCUAAUUAUCAAACUAUAAGUAUUUAAGUGUAUUAAAUACCAUUUACAGAAAAUAUUAUCACUUGCAUAAUUUUUUAGAUUUUCUAAUAUUGCUGCUAGAAACCCAACCAUUUAUUUAAAUACUUAAAGAGACACUGUAGGCAUCCAGACCACUUCA